ACAAAUGAGCUGGUUUAAUUUCUAUUUCAUUGUUUGCUAUUGAGCAAUAUCUAAAGUGCUCAAAGCUAGAUCAUGUUAAUUAAUCACAGGUUCCAAGCAAAGGAAGAUGUGAGCUGCAGCACUAAGAAAGCUCAUAUUCCUGGGAGUUAGUCUUUUGAGAAGCUCCUAGAUUCUUAAGUUAAUUAAGUUUAAAUUCCCUUUUAUAGCCUGUUCUGUAGCAGGGCACUGAUAGUCUUCUCUACCUGGGAGCCUAUUGUGCUGACACCUAACUCAUUGGUAAAUUGAGGUUGGCAGGUAAGUUCCAAAUUUGUUGGCAGAAGGCCAUACAGAUAUGUGUAUAUGGAGAUUGUAGAAACACUCAAAGCUUCAGGGGUGAAAGUAUAAGCUGUAUAUUUUUUAGAAAAAAGGAAAAAAGCAGAGGAACCUAAGCUUACUUACUGUUCUUGCUAAAGCAUGGAAAAAUAUUCUGGCAAGCACUCACAAAAUAUUUGUUCUCUGUCUACUAAAGAUUCAUUCCGUAGAGAAUGAUAUGGAAGAUACACUGGACUGCCCUUGAUUAGCAGAAAUACUAUUUAAUUAGACAAGCUCUAUGACUCAGCAGGCUAGUCAAACCAUUUUGAGCUCUUAUAGCUCUAUUCUAAUCAGUACUUGUGUGGAAUUAAUUUUCUUCCUUAUCCAGUAAAGCAAUAUUACAAGAUUACCGGGUGAAUUUAAAUCUUAUGGUUACUAAAUCAAAACUGAAUAAAAUAUGAAGGUCUGAGAUUCAUCAGAAAUGUAAUGCGUAAACAGAGCCAUUGAAGAUUAGAGCACCGGCAGACAGAGGUUGAUACCCUAAUGGAAAUGCUCAAAACAUAUGAGAUAAAAUGAUGGGAAGUGCUUAUCUGUGGUGGAGCAGCUUAUCUGUCAGGCUGGUGUCUGUCUGCUUGCUAUGUGCAUCCAUUGGAAAGCAAUGUCAGAUCCGAAAUGAAAUGGCUGACUGCAGUCACCUAAAGCUGACUCAAAUUCCUUCUGAUCUCCCAAACAAUAUAACGGGUUUGGACAUUUCUCAUAAUCAGCUAAGACAACUAGGUCCUGCAAAUCUGACCAAGUAUAGCCAGCUGGUUUACUUGAAUGCAGGCUACAACAGCAUCUCUAAACUGCAACCAGAAUUGUGCCAAAGUGUGCCCCUGUUGCAGAUUCUGAAGUUAGAACAUAAUGAAUUGUACAAGCUCCCUGACAAAGUCUUUGCUUCCUGCACCAACCUGACUGAGCUCAAUCUAGGAUACAACAGAAUAGACAGUAAAAACGAUCCUUUCAAAACCCUGGAGAACUUGAGUUAUUUGGACCUAUCUCAUAAUUUUUUGAAGUCAGCAAAUUUAGGAUUGCAGCAACAGUUGAAGAACCUUCGUGAGCUCAGAUUGGAUAACAAUCAAAUUGCUGAGUUAAAAAAGGAAGACUUCAGUUUUCUCAGCAACACGUCACUGAAUAGUCUCGAUUUGUCAUCAAAUCCACUGGAAGAGUUUCAUGUAGGAUGCUUACAUGCAAUUGGAAAUCUGUUUGGCCUCACGCUGAACAAUGUUGAACUUGGUGAAAAUCGCACAAAGAAACUUUGUACAGAGUUAUCAAACACAGCGAUUCAGAACCUCUCACUGAGCCAUGUGAAGCUUUCCUACAUUGGCAAGUCAACUUUCCAGGGACUGCAAGGAACAAACCUUACAGUUUUAAACCUUUCCCAAAACUCUCUGUCUGUGAUAGAAGAUGACUCGUUUCAGUGGCUUUCAAGUUUACAAUACUUAAACCUGAAGCAUAACAACAUUCAUGUAUCUUCACGUUUAUUUUAUGGAUUAUCCAGCCUCAAACAUCUGAAUCUGAUAAAUUCACUCACUGGGAAAAUUGAAGAUUUUUCCUUUCAUUGGUUAUACCGCCUGGAGUACCUUAUAAUGGAUAAUAACAAUUUUCCAGGAAUUACUGCUCAUAUGUUCACAGGUCUGAAUAACCUGAAAUACCUGAGUCUCUGUAACUGCAACAUAAACUUACAAAGAAUAACUAAUAAAACAUUUUCAUCACUUGCUAAUUCCAGUUUGCAGCUUCUCAACCUCACAAAAACAAGAAUCUCCACAAUAGAAAGUGGGGCAUUUUCUUCCUUGGGACACCUGAAAAUUCUUGAUCUUGGUCUCAAUGAAAUUAGUCAAGAGCUCACAGGUCAUGAAUUUAAAGGUCUCAAUAAUAUACAAGAUAUUUAUCUUUCCUAUAAUAAAAACUUGACUUUGCGAAGUGAAUCAUUCAUUUUUGUCCCAAGCCUUAGAAAACUGAUGCUGAGAAAAGUAGGUUGCAGUAAUCUGGCACUUUCUCCUUCACCUUUUCAUCCUCUACAAAAUCUGACUGUCCUGGACAUCAGCAAUAACAACAUAGCAAACAUAAAAGACGACUUGUUUGAUGGACUUCACAAACUUGACAUUCUGGAUUUGCAGCACAAUAAUUUAGCCCGACUUUGGAAACAUGCAAAUCCAGGUGGCCCUGUUCUUUUUUUAGAAGAUCUUCGUAACUUGCGUAUUCUUAACUUAAAAUCAAACGGGCUUGAUGAGAUUCCAGUUCAGGUUUUCAAGGGUCUGUUCAAAUUAAAACACUUGGAUUUAGGAUCGAAUAAUUUGAAUUUGCUUCCAGCAACUCUGUUUGAUGACCAAGCUUCUCUGUAUUCCUUGAACCUUCAGAAAAAUCUGAUAACCUCAGUUGAACAAAAAGUGUUUGGCCCAGCUUUCAAGAACUUGAGAAUACUAGAGAUGGAUUCCAAUCCAUUUGAUUGCACCUGUGAAAGCAUUGCUUGGUUUGCUGAUUGGCUUAAUGUGACCAAAGCAUAUAUACCUGGAUUGUGGUCCCAGUACAUUUGCAACACCCCAUCCAAAUACCAUGGUAGUCUGGUGUUGCGUUUUGAUAGUUCAGCCUGCAAAGACAGUGCUCCAUUUAAACUUCUCUUUGUAAUAACUACCACUACUGUGAUGCUACUCAUUUUUAUUGUUCUUAUCAUCCAUUUUGAAGGGUGGAGAAUAGCUUUCUACUGGAAUAUUUCUGUAAAUCGAAUACUUGGUUUUAAAGAACUUGACAGACAACAGGAAGAGUUUAAUUAUGAUGCCUAUGUUAUUCAUGCAAGACAGGACAAGAAUUGGGUGUCUAAGAAUUUAAUCUCUCUGGAAAAAAAUUACCACUUUCAAAUUAAGUUUUGUUUAGAAGAACGGGACUUUGAAGCAGGCAUAUCUGAAUUUGAAGCUACAAUUAACAGUAUAAAAACAAGCAGGAAGAUUAUUUUUCUUGUGACUGAACAUCUCUUACAGGAUCCCUGGUGCAAAAAUUUUAAGGUGUAUCAUGCUCUUCAGCAAGCUAUUGAACAAAGUCGGGACUCCAUCAUACUGAUCUUUCUUCAUGAUAUCCAAGACUACAGGUUGUAUCAUGCACUUCACCUGAGAAGAGGAAUGUUCAGAUCUUGCUGCAUCUUGAACUGGCCAGCCCAGAAAGAACGAGUUAGCGCAUUUCAUCAGCAAUUAGUGAUGGCACUUAAAUCUAACAGUAAAGCACACUGAAUUUUGAAAGUACAGAUAUGAAUUAUGGGGUCAUUUUAUUGCAUAUUUUCUAUCAUUGGAAAACUAACAAGCCUUCAGGAAGACCUGAAAAAUUUUGUCAUGCUGGAAAUACGUAAGAGUCACUAUAAUUUAAAUUUACUUUUCUGUGUUCAUGUUUUUGCCGAUAUUUUAAUUCACCUGCACUGAAGUGACAUGUUAAAGUAGAUCGUGAUUGAUAGUCAUUUCAGUCUAUGUAUGUGAAAUGUGGUAGAAAUUCUGAAAAGCAGUGAGAAUGCCUUAUGUUCUAGGAAAAAUGUCCAUCUGAUGUAGUGCAGAAAAGAUAGACUCUCUAAAGGAAUAUGCAUAAGAACACAAUAAUGAUAAAAUAGCAAAUUCUGUGUAGUAGGUAGAGUGGGCACUACUGCUUGCUUUUAUAACACAGGGGGAGAUCCAGUGAAAUUAAAAUUGGAAAGCUUUCCCUUUCCAUGUGAAGCACAGUAAGUAACAUGGAAAACUAUUUCUGUAGUUGAAAACAAGAAACAGAUUUUGAAAGUGUGUUUUAAAACCUUUAUUUUAAGGGAAAGCCAUAGAAAGAAACUUAGCCCUGUGAGCAGCCUGUUCAGAACACGCAGCAAGGAUUGCUUAUGCCUUCUGAGGGGAGGCUAGUACUGGUGACUAUCAAAACCAGAUUUUUCAGUCUGAGUCAACUGAUUGAAUCAAUGUGAUAUGAUUAAAAAAAGCAUUUGCUCUUCCCUACUGAAAUUCAGAGAGCUGGCAGAAGGACAUUUAUACUGAGCAUUUAUAUGCACGGCUGAUGCACCUGUACAAAAUGAGUCAAGGCAUAGAUAUUUCUGUAGCAUAACCAGAAGAAAACUUUAUGGGGGAGGUGGUGCUACUGUAAUUUCAUUACUGAAGACUUUGUUACUGGUAAAACAAUGACAAAACCUCGAAAAGAAAUAAUUUUAAACUGUAUCAGAAAUAUGGUGACAGUCACAGGUAGAGUAGAAAAAAACUUCAAAACAAAAUUUGAAAUCUAGUUUCCUUUUUCUUUAUGACUGUAUAUAGUUUUGCCUUUGAUAGAUCAGAAGAAAAUUGUAAAGACAUCCGAUAGAAUUCUGUAGUUUAAUUUCUUAUAUAUUCAUCUAGUUUGAUUUUUUUCCUUAACAUACUUUACAGAAACAUGGACUAGUUAGUAAUUAGAGCAUUAAGGUUCAAACAUAUGGGCUAGUAGUGUGAUCUGGAGAGAGCUGAGAACCAGCAAUGUGCUCUGAAAGGACAUUUAUAAUGUUUGAGACUGGUUGCAAUUUUAUGGGUGUUUGAACAUAAUUUAUUGUAAAUUAGACAUUAGACAGUCAUUUGUAUGUUUUUGUUAAUAUUUAAUUGUGGUUCUAAGGACCUUAAACUUUGUCAAUUUUUAGUAGGUGUCAGUUUUUAGACCCUUCAGUAGCUCAGGAAUAUUUUUAAUUUGCUUUUUUGCCCUAGCAUUUCCCUCAUCAUUUUCAAUCCCACCAUUAUUCCAGGAAUGCUAUUUUACUGAUUUAGAAAACAGCUUUCAGAUAGUUCAACACUUAACAUUUUAAGCAGCUUUUCUUAUGAUUUGUUAUAUGCAUAGAUGAAAAACGUUGGGUUUUAAUAGGUUUAUAUGUCCCAUAAUGAUAAACAUAAAUGAGAAUAAUUGAGAUGAUUUUUGGAUGCACUGGAAGAGUGAAGGGAGUGUAGACUGUCUUCGCUUGCUCAGGAAGUCCUGAGUGAAAACAAAACAGGCUUUGUUUACAGUUGAAGUGAUAGAUGAUGAUUCCCUAAUUACAGUAAUAGGAUUAUCCCCAUUGUGAUGCUUUCAUCUCAUAUUUCUGACCUUUUCAGGUGAAGUGACAAAUUCUUUCUUCAUGCUUAGGCCAUGAAAGUUGAGGAGGCAAGUUGGUAAGGAUGGGGUGCCAGGUAUGCACCAUGUCAGUUGUUCUUUCUCUUAUUUAAAGACUAACAUGUGAAAGUGUUUCUAUGUUCCCUAAAUCUGUAAUGACACAUAGUAGCAGAAUUUCUCAUUCCACAUCAAUAUAAAUUGUUUAGAAAAUGAUAGCAGGUUCACAUGGAUAUUAAAAAUGACAAAGAUGCAGAGAAUACAUGGAGAAAUGCUGAGGUGACAUGUGGUACAAGAGGUCAGACUAGAUGAUCAAAUUGUCUUUUCUGGCCCUUAAACCCUGACAAAUGAUAGUGUAUCUAAAUUCUAUAAAUAUUUUUCUUGUUACUACAAAUGCCCCCAAAGUCAGUCUCUGAACAGUGAAAAAAUGUUAUGAGUGCUUAGUUUUGUAAUAUAGCUAAGAAUACAAAGUAAAAGUACUUGCUGAUGAGUGAAAAUAAUUUUAAAUUAUAAAAAUACUAUGCAUUCUAAACAGUUUUAGUACCUACAUUCAAAGUAAUUUACAACAGAAAAAGACAUAAAAGCUCACAAUGAGAAUUAGACUGAGGUUUAAAAAAAAGCACAAAAGCAAUAAGCACAGGGCCAAUAGUAAUCAGCAAUUAUGCUUGACAUAAAAUUUUCAUAUAAAUUUUCCCUGUUUGUCUGGAAGUUACCUAGUUCUGUUCUGCUCCUCUUCAUUUGCUUGACAAUAAUAUUGAGAGUAAAUAAAAGGGCUUACUGUGGUGAAGAGUUGUAAGUGCUUUCAGGAUUAACAGUCUAUAUCUGACCUUGGUGGUUUCUUUACUACCCAGUGAUUACAUUAUGCUGAUUUGUUGAGGAGUUGGAUACCAAAUAAAUGAAAAAUAGUUCCAAACUUGUAGUGUCAAAGAUAUUACCUGGGACUGAAAAGCAAUCAUCUCUAUUGAAAACAGAAUAUCUAAAGGACUUGAGCAAGGCAGAAUGUUCCCAGUUUCAAAUAUCAGUCCUGUACUUGGUGUUGUGCAUGCCCCACCCUGCCACCCCAUUGCACUCCUUGAUGUGCUAGUAAGACAAAGCAGGGAUAAAAUUCCCCACUUUGUAUCCUUGAUUGUCAUCUAUUAGCAGCUGCCAGCUUUAAGUUGACAGUGCAACUAGUUGCUUGAUGUAUAUGUGUAUAAUGGUACUAGCUUCUAGCCUGUGCUGUUCUUUUGGAUGCUGCCAAGGGCCAUGCUACCUGCCAUAUUCUGAGCUGACACAAUGUUUGUCCUGGCCAUACCACCAGCCAUUGCAGUGUCCCCAGACUGCUGCUAGCAUGGCUGCUCAUCUCUCUAUCCAGAUAUCCCUAUGUUGCAAAGCUAGCAC